GGGAGCUAAAGAAAUGGAAGUUAGCAACCAGAGGUUUUGCAAAGGCACUGAAACAUCAGCUAAAUCUUUUAAAAAGAAGACGGGAGCAGAUCAGGGGAGAGAGAAAAAGAGGAAUUGCUCUCAGACACCCCCAAAUCUUUCCCUAAUAAGGCAGCUUCUCCAGGCCAAAGAGGAAGGAAGGAAGGAAGGAAAAGAGGAAGACCCCCCCCCCAGCAAAGUGGACAAACAUUUGUUUGUUUGGAAAUGUCUCUUCCUUCUGGCAACCUGGAAGAUGCAGCAAAGCAAAGACCCAGAGAUGGCAAAAUGAGGAGAGAGGAACUGGACGAUCCACAACCUGAGGGAAAGAGGCUGAAGUUGGGCAGCAACGGGGGACAUCUGAGGAAAGAAGGAGCAGAAGACCAGGAGAAGACACCACAUCUGGGGAGAGAAGAAUCUGGAACUCAGACUGAUGGGGAAGGCCAAACUAGUCAUAAAUCUGAUGCUUCGGAAGUGACUCCUAACUCCAGGACUGAUCCACAUGGUUCAGCUUUGACAAUGCUGAUGACAAACAACAUAGAGGAAACCAUAGAGAAGCCCAAUGUAAGUGGAAGUUACAGUUUUCUGGAGCGAAGCAUUCUUUCUGAUACUAAAGUGGAGUGCAGCUCUUGUGUAGAAACAGUGGACAGAAAAAUCUCAAGACAACAGAUGAAUUGUGAAAGGGGUCAAUUAAGGGGUAAUCAGGAAGCUACUGCACCCCCUGACACCAUGGCCCAGCCUUACGCCUCCGCGCAAUUUGCUCCUCCUCAGAACGGUAUUCCAGGAGACUACACCGGCCCUCAUCCUCACCCGACCCCCGACUACUCCGGGCAAACCACGGUUGCAGAGCACACGUUAAACCUGUACCCGCCUGCGCAGACGCACUCCGAACCAAACACAAGUGACACAAAUGCACAAACUGUCUCAGGCACAGCCACCCAGACAGACGAUGCAGCACAGACCGACGGUCAGCAACAGACACAAUCUUCUGAAAACACAGAGAACAAAUCACAGCCCAAACGGCUGCAUGUUUCAAAUAUUCCCUUCAGAUUUCGGGAUCCAGACCUCAGACAAAUGUUUGGGCAAUUUGGUAAAAUCUUAGAUGUUGAAAUUAUUUUUAAUGAGCGAGGCUCAAAGGGAUUUGGUUUCGUUACUUUCGAAAAUAGUGCUGAUGCGGAAAGGGCAAGGGAGAAAUUACACAGCACCGUGGUAGAGGGCCGUAAAAUUGAGGUAAAUAAUGCAACGGCACGGGUCAUGACGAAUAAGAAGACGAUUAACCCUUACACAAACGGUUGGAAAUUAAAUCCAGUUGUUGGUGCAGUCUAUAGUCCAGAAUUCUAUGCAGGCAGGGUGCUCCUGUGCCAGGCAAAUCAAGAAGGAUCUCCCAUGUACAGUGCCCCCAGUUCACUAGUAUACACGUCCACAAUGCCGGGGUUCCCGUAUCCAGCUGCAACUGCAGCUGCCGCGUACCGAGGAGCUCACCUUCGGGGCAGAGGUCGCACCGUCUACAACACAUUUCGUGCCGCAGCACCCCCACCUCCAAUUCCAGCUUAUGGCGGUGUUGUUUACCAGGAUGGAUUUUAUGGUGCAGACAUUUAUGGGGGAUACGCUGCCUAUCGGUACGCCCAACCUACUACCGCUACUGCCACUGCCUACAGUGAUAGUUACGGACGACUUUAUGCUGCAGACCCCUACCACCACACACUUGCUCCAGCAGCCACCUACGGCGUUGGUGCCAUGAAUGCUUUUGCACCCCUGAGUGAUGUCAAGAACAGAAGCCAUGCUGACGAUGUCGGUCUCGUUCUUUCUUCAUUGCAGGCUAGUAUAUACCGAGGGGGAUACAGCCGUUUUGCUCCAUACUAAAUGACAAAAAAAAAAAAAAAAAAAAAACACAAACCCUCCCCAAAUGGGGAUCAAAUGGAAGCUUUCAAAGGCCUGGGAAUGGCAAUACAUGCAGCAAUGCAUCAUUUUAGCAACUCUAAAAAAAAAAAAAUACAAACAAACAAAUAAGUAAAAUAAACCACUACAUUAAAAAAAAAAGAGGAGAAAAAAAAUAUCUACAUUUUUUUAUCUUAUACCUCAGAUAUUUUGUUCUGUGUAUUUUAAUAUUGUGGGUCUUUUAAUUUCUGAAGGUUACCUAGUUUGCUGGCUGUAGAAGGUAUUUAUUAUUAUUAUUAUGAAUUAAUUAAUUAUUAUAAUUAUAAUUAUUAUUAUUUUCAUUGUGGUUGAACUAGAAAGCUGCUAGAAACAAAUUUGUCCAGGGGGGCCACCAUCAAAAGUUCUAUAUCAUGUAAAUGAAUUAUAUAUGCUGAAUAUUACGCUGUUGGGAUUCCUCACUUGUUUUGUAAGAGUGUAUGUGAUAUCAUGAUUUAUUUUUUUUUCUGCAUAAGACAUUGAUUUUUAUUUUUAAAAGGGGUGUGUGGGGGGAGAGAAAGAGAGAGAGAGAGAGAAAGAGAGAGAGAGAAAGAGAGAGAGAGAGAGACCAAGAAGGUGGAAAUGGGGUUCCACUUAAUUAACUAUAAAAUAGGGGAUCCCCCCAAAGGCACCUUAUAAUUCUAUAUCAGCUGUCUUAAAUUAUUCACUGUUUCUUCAAAGCCAAAGGUUAUGUUGUUAAUUCUGAGUUGGGGUGGGGGAGGGAGGGGGAAAAAGUUACAAGAAGGGUGCUUGAACUGACAUCUGUACAUAAUAUCUUAUUAAAAGCUGUGGAAGGGCAAGCUUUUAAUGCAUUCCAUCAGGCAGCAUUUAGCUCCAAUCGUAACUAGCUGUUUAGGCAAAAAAAAAAAAAGAACAAAAGCAAAAACACACACACAAAAAAAAAAAAAACAAAAAUAAAAAAACCUAAUGUAUAUGUAAAAAGAAAACAAAACAUAAAAUUAAGUAAAUAAGGAGAGUUACCUGCUCGUUAGACCAUAAACAAGCAUUCUUUUUUAUAUUUCUUCCAGUAUAAUAAAUUAUUGAUAUCAUUGCAGAACUUUUAUAUAUUACGGGAGAAUUAAAAAUAAAAAUAAUAAAAAGAGGUGAUAAAGCACUGUUUCUAUUUUUUUUUCUUUUUUUCCAAAAAAAAAACAAAAAAAGAAAGUAAUAAAAAAGUUAAAAUUCUUUAUACCGGUUUUAAAAAAAAAAAGAAGUGUAUAAAAUUUACAUCUGUGAAGUAGAAUUAUUCAGUUUGAGAAAUUUACACAUUGACAAUGUUUUAGAUUUUAAACCCAGUAGAUUAUUCUUUGUUAGAGAGAGAUAAAACACACACACAUACACACACGCUCACCCAUUCUCAUUUUUUCAUGCUACUUCUAGUCCGGAUUUAUAGACGCAUUUACAAAUCCUGCAAUCAAUGAGCAUUGAUAACCAUGCCCUUCUCAUCCAUUUGGUAUUUUUUGAACAACGUUGUAUCAUGUAAACAAACUGCAAUUCUUCAAAGGGCUCCCACUUCUGAUUUCAAACCCAAGGCCUCUUUGAUUGUUCACUAAAGUCCAUGAAGAAUAUAUUAGGUCCUCCUAACAGAUGCCCAUCCGGUGCGUUUUUUCCAAUUUGCAACAAAGACAUAAUGCCAAAACCGCAGACUCCGACACCAGUGAUCCAAAAUUGCAGUUUGUCUGUGCAUAUGUUGUUACCUAUUAUUCUAAGUUGGAGUGUUUAUCAGGGUUUCUUUCAGUUGUUUUUUUUUUUGUUUUGUUUUGUUUUGUGUGUGUCUGUGUGUGUGUGUGAGAGAGAUUUUAAAGACAUUAAAAGCAGAACAACUGUACCGCUUACAGUUUUGUUGAAGAUAUUUAUAUAUUCACGUGUGCUGUGCAGGAUGGAAAAAAAAAGGGCCUUCAGUUAACAAUUAUGAAUUCACCCACUGCUUGUGAACUUGCCAACUUGCUAUAAGCAAUUCUGCUGUUUUAAGAAGUGUUUGUGAUCAGGCUUUUUUCCUCUUUGUCAUCGUUAACAUGCAUGCAAUAUGAACUGUUGAACGAUAACCAUCAAUAAAGUUUCACCAGAUUUGAAAACCAGAUUUCUGGAGCAUUUUUAUCAGUUUUGACUCAGUUCAGGGUUGAGUGCAGCAAAGGAGAGCUAGGGGAAAAAAAAAAAAGUGGGAGGACCCAUACAAAAUCCCCAUUGAAUGAUACUAAGAAUCAUUUUUUUUUUUUGUAUUUUAAAGACAUUAAAAGCAGAACAACUGUGCCCCUAUGGUUUUGUUGAAGAUAGUUAUAUACUAUCUUCAACAAAGAUAGGACGAGGCUUUUAAGUGGCCGUGUUUUAUUCCUGAGAUUAUAGAGCAUUAUUUUUGGAAAUUCAGGUACCAAUUGGAAAUUCAAGUGUUCUUCCCCAUGUCUACAGUCUUGGCAGACUUCCCCCAGUCUCAAUAAAUCAAAAUCUGUUCAUAUCAAAUGCUCAGUUAUGGGGAAUUAUCCAACUAUCCAAAUCCAUACGCAUAGAUGACAUCCUUCCAGACCUCUUCUUUACUGUUUGCAAGAGGCUUCCGUGAAUUAAUCCAUGGAAUUAUUGGAGGGAUAUGUUGAGGGAAUGUCCCUCAAUUAUCCUUCUGGUGCAAUUUCUCCAACCCCGAGUGCAAAACUUUAAUGCAUAUCAAGAAGGACUACCAUGUCAUUUCUCAGUUUCUCUUGAGUUCCUAGAGAGAAAUGUAGGGUGUUUUUUUUUUUUUUUUCCUAAGCUCUCUUUUUAUCUGCAUUGCAGUAGCGAAGGAAGUGUGAAUGUUUAGGAUCGAAGUGGCCAUUUGUUAUGUGAACUUUUAAACACCGUGGGAAAAUCUAGCACAGGAUAUUACAGUUUCUGAGUUCAGAAACCGAGGAUGCAUACAGACGUACCUUUCCACUGGACUCUGCUUCCAUGUCUCCUACGAAGCAAGCCAGCUUUUUUUCCAAUUUUGCAACAAUGCUUUUAGCCCGAUAGAUUUAGCUACUCUCUGAAUAUUGAAUAACCGUCUCUUCCUCCUCUUUUUCAAUGCAGCAACUUUGUCCAUUUGUUCUUUAUUUUAUUUUAAAAAAGAGAAAUCUCUAUAUUAAUACUUACAGGGUAGAAGGGUUUGUGAUUUCACAUCUCCCAGCCAAUAGUGCUGUGCACAAUUGCUUCUGCUACAAACUUGUAGAACUGCUUUCUUUAAUUUAAAAGAGAGAAAGAGAGAGAGAGAUAUUCCCAGAUUCCCAGACUUGGGAAUGUGUGUUAUUCUAAUCCUGGGCAAUGCAGUAGGGAUAAUUCCAUUGUGAUUCAAUUGCUUGAAAAAAAAAUGCACGUCUGUAUGCACUCGGAAACACUUUUUAAAAAAAAGAAAGAAAGAAAACAAAAACAAAAACUUACUGUGAAAUAAAUAUUUAUUUUCUUACAGAAAUUCUGUUUUCACACAUAAAUCUCCUGAUGUUUUAAGUGAUAAGUCAAUGUGUCAUUUUGGUUUGAAUAAAGUGGCUGUUUCAUUUGGUGCAACCCUUAGUUUUAAAAAGAAAAGAAAAUCUGAUGUUUAUUCUUGCACACAAAUGAGGUUGCCACACACUGUUGGAAAAUAUUUUUGUGGAAAAAAAAAAAAA